AUGAGUGGGAAGCAAGAACUUCUUUUAGUCGAGAGCUCGUCAAUUCCACGGACUGAGCAAAUGCGAAAGAAGAACUGGGUAUGUGUGUAUCCAGGUUGCAACGUGUGUCCAAAGAGUCGAUACAAUUUAACCGCACACGUGUGGGAUGCCCAUUUAAGAGAGGAGUGUUCAAAGCCUGGGAAUAAUCCGAAUAACUUGGCAUUAACAACUUUUAAAUUGUGUCCACAGAAAGAAAUAGUUAAAAAGAUGUGUCAACAAUAUAUGGUGAAAAUGGUCGACAAAUUACCGCCCGACAAAAGUUAUUCGAAAGAUUCAAAAGUCUUGAAACUGGCGAAUAACGUGAAUGUUGUGUCGAACAACAUUUUGUGUAACAAAUAUAACACCGCAACAAAUUCCCCACAAAAUGAUUACCCGUUUGCUUUUAAUGUGUCAAAUGAAGCGGAAACAACAUCAAAUGAAAUGUCCGAGAAACAUCACUUGGUACUUACACCACCAAAUUCAGUGACAAAUGACAUCCAAUAUGUCUCACAACAUUCACAAGAAGUACUACAAAAUGUGAAUCUUGCGCCCGUCACACAAAUCACAAGAAAUAUUGCAAAAGUGCACAAUGUGACUCCAAUCACAAAUUUCACAAGCGUCACAAAAUCACAACAGAAUGAAAUGACACCACAAACACUCAAUUACAAUUUGUACGCACAAAAUCAAAAUAUCUACGCGCCACAAGCUUUCGAUCCAAAAGAAGACUUCAUCCGCAUCGAAACAUUAUCUUCACAAAUGAAACAAUUACACAUCUUCGGCGAGAUCUUUGCCGAGAACGGCUUUUUAGUGCGUUCGGACAUGCGUUCCAAAACGAACAUCACUGCGAUCAAAAGUGCAUUAGAAAGUAUUAUGUCACUCAGCGGAGUCACCUAUUCUUAUAAAGACGAUUUAAAUAACAGGAAAUAUGGGUUUAUAGCUCAAGAAGUCGAGAAGAUCAUUCCCGACUUGGUUACUAAAGAUGACACGGGAAACCUCUCAGUCGAUUAUUUGGGAGUCCUCCCAGUCUUACUGGAAUCACUCAAACAAAUUCGACGAAACGUCUCGUUCACGCGAAACGAGAAGGAUAAAAUCAUUAAUGAACGAGUCAGUGAUGCAAUCAGUGAAUUAGAAGCUAUUAUUAGAAGUGAAGAAAAAGAGAAGAUCGACAAUGCGGAAAAAUUCAAAAAUUGGAAGACGGACGCUCUGCAUUUAUUUGGGCCGGUUCCUAUUCUUUUAUUGGGUUGUAUAGUAAGUUCUUUAGUUAGUAUUUUCGUCCCUGUUGUGUUUGGGUCGAUGUAUUUUGUGAUUUGUGGCUGUUUUCUCUUUACUAUCGUUUUGUGGGUCUUUGUCAUUUGUAACAAAAACGAAAUCAUGCAAUUCCUCGGAAGAAAAAAAUAUCUUCCUCUUGGCGUUUUUCAAUGUGAAAAAUUCAAACUAUCGCAUUACGUCAUGUGGUUCUUCGUCUUCUCCUAUUUUUUUAUCGCAAUAAUUCUAUCGACUUGUUUCGGUAUUAAAGUGUCGCUCUUCGCAAUCAUCUAUCUCAUUCUGGCUUUUGUCGCUACAGUCGGGUGCUAUUUUGUCGCAAAGGCUGGAAUAAAGUUCGGAUUUAGAUUCGAAUUCUCUAUUAUCGUUCUGGCACUCUAUCAAAUCAUCGCAAUCCUCGUUCUCAUUUUACUUGCAGUCUAUCAACCGUUUCUUGAAUUGGAGGUGGCGAACAAGUCGUACUACACCGUCUCUGUGACAGAGAACGAGGAAGUUUCACACAUCUUAAUGCCAAAAGUCCCGUGGAAUUGUUUUAGUCCAACGAUUAAAACGACCCCAAACCUUCCUGAUGGUCUUGAGUUCUCAAUAUCACAAAAACUCUUUUCUUUACCCGCGCCAGUGUUGAGUGGAAACUCGUCCAGGGAAUUUGUUUCACAAGUCUUCGAAGUGCAACUUUUGUGCAAUCGAAUAGUUGCUAUAAACUAUCCAAGUUUAACUAUUACAAGUUGCUCAAGAAAUACAGACCCGACACAGUGUGCCAUGAACUCAUGUGGGUACUGCAAAGCUUCAACAAACGCGUUUUGUGGAAUUUGUGGAAAAGCUUUUGAGUCUUCAUGUAUCAAAAUAGCUGGGAAAGUGUCGGGAUGUUGA